GUGACUGAGUGAGUCUGGGACUUUGAGUAUCGGUCUCUCUGUGCAUGUAAAAGACUAUGUAGGCCUAUGUGGUUUGUAUCAUAGUAAUAUGUGUGUCCACUUUGCUUUAAGUAGCCAGAGUGUGUGACGGUGUGAGUUAGUGUGUGUGUGUGUGCUGCUGAGAGAGAGAGAGAGAGAGAGAGAGAGAGAGAGGGUGAGAAAGAGGCUGAAAAUCUUAACAGGGAAAUUUUCAGAUGAACACGCACGACAGUGAAGGGUGAGAGAGAAUAAAAUAGAGAGAUCAUCAUGAAGAAAACAAGAAGAACAACCGGGACUUGAAAACAUGAAGAACGGAGGACGAACAUAUGUGAAAAGGAAAUUAAGCGCCAAAGACUGGCAUUCUAGCUUCACCUAGCCAGCCAUCAUGGACAACCACUCCUCCACCCAGUCCUUCCACAACCAUCACCACCACCAGUUACCAUCCUUCCACUUGGCCUUGCCAAAUAUCCAGAGUCCUGAAGUAGGAUAUUCUUCCUCUCAACAUGUCCUGGAUCAUCUGGAGCAUGACAGGAGUUUAUUAAAUGCAAGCAGUGGCAGCUUGGAUGGACAUGCUGACUUGGGAGGCCACUUUGAUGGAGAAAGUGUGCGAGGUGGCCAUUUUGGUGACACUUUGUUUGGCAUUAGCAAGAAAGAGGAGGUUUGGGAGGAUGGGGAAAGUUGUGAGACUGCUUCAAACUAUUUUUAUGGGAAAGGAAGCCACACCAGUGAUAGCUUCUACACUUUGAACUGUGGCAGUGAAGAAAAAGUUAACUAUAAUAGUUAUGUUGAUGAAAGUAAACAUGAACCACUUCAAAGUAGAGAUGCUAGUAAUAGCCACUUUAUGAAACAAACAGUUCCCUACAUUAAAAGUGAAACAGGGAGCUUUAGUGAUGGACAUGCAAAUUAUUGUAGGACUGAUUCAAGUGUUAGUGAUGGAUAUUUGAAAAGAGAAGAGGAUUAUGGGUCCGGUGAGGAUCAGCAACAGCCUGCAGAGUCUGAGGGACCCUGGCCAAGUGUCUCCCCCUUGAGGCAAAGUGAAGAGGAGCGAUGGAGAGGAGCAGUAGACUCUUCUUCAAGGGGCCCAUCCCACAGGUCACCUAUUGGCAUCAGCAGUGGGGUGCACACUCAGAAGCUGGACUCUUUCUCUGAAGCUUUUCUCUCUCAACGAAAGAUAAGGUUUCCCAUGAUUCCCAGCGGGGAAUCCACUCAACAGACCUGGGAUUUUGGAGAAAGAAGAGGCGAAAGACACAGCUGUGCUUUUGACUCAGACCCCUGCCUUCCUCCCUCCUCUUCUUCGUCACCCACUUGCCCGUCUCUUCCAUCUUUCCCCUCUCCUCCUACAUCUUCUCACCUCAUGUCUUCUGUUCUUAGCCCACCUCCAACACCUCUACCUCCUCCUUCCCAUUCCCCAUCAAAAAUUGACUCUCCCAUUGCAUUCGGGGGCUAUGGACAUUCAGGGUCACAAGGGGGAGAACCGGUCAGUGCGCUUCAGUUCUUUACCCCUCGUCUUCAGUGUCUCCCAGCUGUCCAUACGUCAGGGAAGAUGUGGAAGCUUCCACUUCUUUCAAACUGCUUUUCAAAGUCACCAGGAAACCCCAGCAACAUGGAGGGUACCCUGAGAUCUCAUGGCAGAGACAUCAGCCACAUCACAGUUCUACCAGCGUCGCACAACAUUGUUCAGUCUCUGGAAUCAUCAUUUCACACUGCGUCUGCUGAGAAGUCAUCUUUUCACUCUAUCGGAGCCCUCUGUCCCGUGAAUACUGCAUCUCUACCUACUUCCUUACAUCUUGCCUCUCAUACGUCUCAACUUUCCAAUCAACAUACCGAGGCCAAAGAAAAGAGAACCCUCCACGUGGUGACGCAGAAAAUAAAAAAUGGACCAGCCAGUCUGAGCCAAUCACAGCACCAAGCCUCCCAGACCUACACUGGAACUCCAUUUCCCAGUAUCCUUCAGUCCGCAAGGGGUCAGAAGAAGAGCUGCUACACUCCUCAACCCCUACUAAAUCCUGUUCGCAGGGGGAAGGGUCUGUACUCUUGUAUCACAUCUUUCCAUCACAGAGAGGAGGAAGCAGCAGCGGAAGAGGGGAAUGAAAGUAAUGUGUUACCGUUUGUCAACGUGGGUCAUGAUUUCCAGGCAAAACUUCCCCCAUGCUUUGGGGGUGGUGAGAAGUCAGAGGUGUGCUCACCUGGGGAGGAAUCAUCGAGGGAACAGCUGCUCUGGAAACCAUGGGGUGAGCUGCAGCAGAGUUCUCACACACAAGACCAAGUGGAGAAGCUGUUAUCCAUGUGCAGUUCCAGCUGCUUACCAGGAGGGGGCAGUAAUACAGAGCUGGCUCUGCACUGUCUGCACCUCUGCAAGGGGGAUGUAAAGGCCACCCUUGAGAUGAUGCUCUUCUCUCAACCAUUACCAACAGGAGACUACCACUACUCUGGUAGUGAUUUGUGGUCAGACAGUGAGAAGAAUCACUUCAUUGCAGCUCUGGAAACCUAUGGCAAGGACUUUGCACUCAUACAGAAACUGGUGAGGACUAAAACCACAUCCCAGUGUGUUGAAUUUUACUACCUGAGCAAGAAGCUCUUGGACAAGCAGAAGAAACAGAAGGAGGAGGAGGAGAGCAGAGAUGGAGAAAUGGGGCAGCGGAAAAGUAUAACACCCAUCUGUCAGCCAGUGGAUGGACAGUUUGGACUGGAGGGGGCGGUUCCUCUGUCCUCAUUGGCCAGUUUCUUCCCCUGUAAGCUGUGUGGAAAAAUGUUCUAUAAAAUCAAGUCCCGCAAUGCUCACAUGAAGAUCCACCGCCAGCCUCAGGAGGAUUGGAGCGACAGGCGGCUGCAGCAACAGAUCCUUACCCAGCGGCUGUCUCUCGGUCGCCCAAACAACCUCAUUGCCACCCAGGGGAGUGAUCUGUUCCACCCUCAGGCUCCAGGUCUGACAUUUUCCUCCCAGAGCAUUCCUGGAACUUCAAACAGCAACAACAAUGCAGACAGUGUCCUCAACUCUGUAACCAAUAGCAAUGCCAUCACUCCCAGCACUGCCGUUGCCCUAGAUCCCAGCACUGUAGUGACAUAUAGCAACAUUGCUGCUUCAAACUCACAUGUAAUCACUAAUACUCAUGGCAGGGAAUCCAACCAAGGAGAGCCCAGCUCAGUCUCACCUUUCCACCAAUUAUGGGCCUCGUUCGGACCUGGCUCUAACCCUGCGACUUUUUACUACAAUGCAGAAGGAAAAGACAAUGUGGUAGCCAGUACAGUGGAAGGAAAAGAGCCAAUUAACUGGCAGUAGUGUUUAAGUCUGCCAUGAGCAUUACUAGCACUGAAGUCAAAGGCUUAUCAGAACUCUGUGCUAUAAUUCAAACUAAAUUUCAGCUCAAACUCAAGUCCAUUUUACAAGCUUAUUUUUGAAUGUUUCGUUUUGUAAUUCUGAUGCUGUAUAUUUUGUUGUAAAUGCCAAACAGUACCCCAAUGCAUAUUUAAUUGUUUUUUUAUACAUUUGACUUUUAAAAUAAAAGAACUUGUUUUUCAUGUUCCUGGCUUCAGUAUCAUGAACGCUUGAGGAGCGAAGCAGGUAACAGCCAGGCUAGUUGUGUCACACAAGACAUCAAAACACGUCAACAGGAGGAGAAACACAGAAAAACAGAGCUUUUAAAAAUGUUAAAACAAGAAUUUAGUGCUGGCACCUUGGUGUA